AUGCUGCCAGGCAGAAACAAACGCGAGCAGAGAAAAAGCUCACGACUCCUCUCCACCGACCAGAAUAACCAACCGUCUGAUCCCACAGACGUUUUCUCAUUCAUGAGUAGAGAAAAUCUCCUGUCUUGACCUGAAAACCUACGGAUUAAAAAAGGACUUGCGCAGCUACAGAGGAACUCUUAAUAAAUGAGCUGAAGUGUCCAAAGGAUUUCUUUCUCUUCUCGGUCUCCGGGUUUCUUCUUGUUGGCGUGCAGUGAUGUUGCGUGCUUCACUGGACUCGAGCAGCAUAUUCGCAGGCUGAUUAAACACUUUGUCAUUCCUUUGUAUUUGCUUUACUGCAACCCAGUGAGAAACCUGCAAAACAUCAGAGUGUAGUGCAUUGGUGAUGGACCUUCAACAUUUGGGUUAUACAAGCUUUUGCAUGCCUGCAUGCUUCCGUGAAUGCAUCACUCCUGCUCACAGUUCCUGAUCGUCUGACUUUAUAAAGAGCGGCGGAUGCUCACAAUGUUUCCCCAUCUGUCUGAAUGAGGCAUGGCGACCAAACUGCUCCAAGUCCAAGAGUGCGUGUCUACACGUUCACACCUGUUCGGAUGGAUAAUGACAGUUUAUGCUACAGGUGAAUGAAUAUCGGCUCUGUUUCUCCUGACAGCGAGUGUGUUGAAGCGGUUUUCUGACCGUUCAGAUCGAGCUUGUUGAUCAGUGAUAAUGGAUCUCAAAGUAGAAACCGAAGAAAUGGACACAAAUCAACCUCCACCCAUAGAAGUUUUUGCGAACAGCUCGACCCUGCACGGAAUCUCUCACAUUUUCACAUACGAGCGGUUCUGCAUCAAACGCUGCCUGUGGGUCGUGUGCUUCUUGGGGUCUCUGACCUUCUUUCUGUUUGUGUGCGUGGACCGGAUUCGCUUUUACCUAGAGUACCCGCACGUCACCAAACUGGAUGAAAUCACGACCCCGAUCAUGACGUUCCCCGCGGUCACCUUCUGCAACCUGAACGCAUUCCGCUUCAGCCGCGUGACGCAAAAUGACCUGUACCACGCGGGGGAGCUGUUGGCCCUGCUCAACCAGAGGUAUGAGAUCAGGGACAUACAUCUCGUGGAGGAGAGUGUCCUGGAGAGCCUGAAGGCAAAAGCCGAUUUCCUUCAUUUUAAGCCGCGACCCUUCAACAUGCGUGAAUUCUACGACCGCACCGGCCACGAUAUCAACGACAUGAUGCUCGCCUGCCGCUUUCAUGGCACCGAGUGCAGGGCGGAAGACUUCAAAGUGGUUUUCACUCGCUACGGGAAGUGCUACACCUUCAAUGCCGGCGGUGAUGGACGCACUCCCCUCUUCACCACCAAGGGGGGUAUGGGUAAUGGACUCGAGCUCAUGCUGGACAUCCAGCAGGAUGAAUACCUGCCUAUCUGGGGUGAAACAGAUGAGACUUCAUUUGAAGCCGGGGUCAAAGUUCAGAUCCACAGCCAGGACGAGCCGUCCUUCAUCGACCAGCUCGGGUUUGGAGUGGCACCCGGGUUUCAGACGUUUGUGUCCUGCCAGGAACAGAGGCUGAUAUACCUCCCUCCUCCCUGGGGAGACUGUAAAGUGUCUGCGAUGGAUUCAGACUUCUUCGACAGUUACAGCAUCACAGCCUGUCGCAUCGACUGUGAGACACGAUACCUGGUGGACAACUGCAACUGCCGCAUGGUGCACAUGCCUGGUGACGCUCCCUACUGCACCCCCGAGCUGUACAAAGAAUGUGCUGACCCAGCUCUCGACUUCCUGGUGGAGAGAGACAACGACUUCUGUGUGUGUGAGACGCCGUGCAACAUGACCAGAUACAGCAAAGAGCUGUCCUUCGUCAAGAUCCCCAGCAAGGCCUCCGCUAAAUAUCUGGCAAAGAAAUACAACAAAUCUGAGCAGUACAUUAAAGAGAAUAUUAUGGUUUUGGACAUCUUUUUUGAAGCCCUCAACUAUGAAACCAUUGAACAGAAGAAAGCUUAUGAAGUGGCCGGACUGUUAGGUGAUAUCGGCGGUCAGAUGGGACUUUUCAUCGGAGCAAGCAUACUCACUAUUCUGGAGAUAUUUGACUACCUUUAUGAGGUGAUAAAGUACAAGUUGUGUCGCUGCUCUGAUAAGAAGCACAAGCACAACAACAACAACAACGACCAGGGGACGGUGCUGAGCUUAGACGACGUCAAGUGUCACGUCAGUAACUUUCAUUAGGCGGAGCCCCUGCACUCUCGUCUCGGAGCGGUUUUGUUGGACUUUGUUUGUUGCAGUUUUCCAGACUGCAGGAUCAAACGGAGGGAAGUGUCUUAACUGUGCCUGGUUUGUUUAUGAAGGGGAUAAAGGCUGAAGAAAGGAGAAGCCACAGAGACAGCAGGACAGCAGAAAGCAGACAUGUUGCAUGGUCAUCUGUAAACAGCUUCUCAAGACAUAGUAACAGAUACAGUACAUGGGGGCAUGAACUGAGCUCAUAUGUGUUCAGUGAAUCAUUAGAUAUCCCAGCUGUGUGGCGCUGUUUGUGGAUUUGAAGGACUUUUUGUGAAAUAAUAGAUGUGACAGGUGACAGGCUCACAAAAUGUUAUUAUUUCAGUUUUUAUGGGAUUUGCAUGUGAGGGCUUCACAUUCUUUUCACUUUUUACCUUCAAAUGUUCAAUUAUCGCUUUUGUUCUAGACUCUCCAACCAACUUUCCAUUUUUAUAUUCCUUUCACCCAACCUCAUCUUAUAACCGACGUCUUCCCUUGUUAAAAUCUGAGCGUUUUGCCUGUAUACUGUACUACCUCAUCUUGCAGGGUGUGACAGCGCCUUUAAGAAUUGACAAGCCAAGCUAAUUAAUAAUAAAAAAGGUUGUUUCCAUGUUUAGAAAUGAGCAGGUUGAAAAAACAAUACAUCUGGCCAUACAGUGAGCCCACACAACCAUAGCUGAGCAGCAGUCAUAGGUCUUUUUAUCAAAAAACAUUUUGUCACAUUAGGAAAAAUAAAAGGUAAAAAUAAUGAAAUUAAUGAUGGGUGAUUUCCAUUAAGCUGCUUCAGUUUCAGCGUCCUGUUAUGUGCGAGUCGGCUCGCUAUCAAACUGUCAUGGCUAAAUGUGGCACUUGAACAGAACAGAGCCAUUGGUAAUAGUUUGAUAAUAAUAACAGCUCUGUUCUACCUGCAAUGACAAGUCAAAAUGUCUGUUGUGACAAAAUUAAGGGACGAUUACAAGAUAAAAGAAAAUGCUAGCAUGUAGUGUGAUGCAGCGGUAUCUUAGUCUGCUAACUUAGCCACCAUAAGCUAAUGGUUAUACCUGGUCAAAUAAAGCUGUAGCAACAAAACCCAUGUCAUAGUGUACUAAACUAGAUAAGGAAUAUUUGGGAAAUAUGCUUGAUUGCUUUUUUGCUUAGAGUUUGAUGAUUGAUACGACUUGUUUGCCAGUACCUGGCUAGCUUAGCACAAAGAGAGAAAACCGCUUUAAGUGAUAACACAAUCUGCCUACAGCACUUCUCAAGCUCACAAAUUAAUAUAUUUUAGAACAUUUCUUUACAAAUUCAGUUAAACACAUUUUCUUUUACCCUUUAAUAAAAUUGUAGAGCCAGGCUAGCUGUUUUCAUCUGUUGUCAGUCUUUUUGCUAAGCUAAGCUAACUGGCUCCUGACUGUGAGAGUGGUAUCAAUAAUUUCAUCCAACAGGCGCUUCAUUCCCAAAAUGUUGAACUUCUGCUUUAAAACUAUUUAGCUAAAACAAGACAUUUAACAUGAAAAAGAGAUGGGUGUGUAUGCAGAUACAAAAUAAAAGUACACAAACCAUAUUAUGAACAAAUGUCUAAAGCUCUUCUCCAUGUGGUGCUACAAACUGAAAGAUCUGCCUUCAAAUUUCCAUUAAAUGACAAUCACUGUAAAAAUAUUUCCUGGCUAAAGUGCAAAACAGACAUUAAUUUAAGGGGGUGUCGGACAUUUUAUAUAUAUUCUAUAUACAGUCUAUGAGUUUUACACAUAGAGGCUGUUUGUCAUAUGGCAAGAUAAAAGUACUGAGUAUAUUAUGUUGAAUGUGUUUUGCUAUCUUUUAGGGCUCUACAUUGCACGUAGCAUUGUACAGUAUGGGUCUUAAACUGACAACAUAAUCGUGUGUGUGUGUGUGUGUGUGUGUGUGUGUGUGUGUGUGUGUGUGUGUGUGUGUGUGUGUGUGUGUGUGUGUGUGUGUGUGUGUGUGUGUGUGUGUGUGUGUGUGUGUGUGAACAAAGUUGCCUGAUUUAGAAGCGGAAAAAUAGGAAUUGCUAUUCAAACCACUGUAUAUCAGUUGGGCUGUAAACAUGUCGUUGCAUGUUUAAAUCUAUCUUUAUUCUGACUCUGUUUACAAAGGUCAGACAACAUUCUGUUGCAGUUAAUCGACAUACACUCAUUCCCAUUGAGCUCAAUGUUAUUCUUAACAGGAAAUUGGAAGUGUUUACCAGUGUAGUGUAAUUAUUAAGCACAACCAUGCCAUUAACUAUAUUGUAAAUACUGGAUAAUAAUAUAAUUGUAUUAGUCUGAUCUAUGAAAUAUUGUACUUGUUUUAUUUCUUUAAUAUAGACUAGCUGUGUGUCUCUUUUCCUUUACAUAUGAUUGUAGGUUUGAUUAUGAAAAGUAUGUGUAUCAAUAUAUAUGUAUUACUCCUUUUUUGUUUGUGUUGCAACAGCGGCUUCUUCUGUGUUGAGUGGUUGUUUUCUAGCGUCUGCUGCAUGAGGUCAUGCAUCUCAGUAUAAGUCCACAGGCUGUCCUUCUUUUAGGUUUUGUUUUAUAUUUUGCCUCCAUUUUUUAUCUUGAGGUAUGAAUUUAAUAUUUCAGUCUGGUGUUGUAAAAAUAAA